AUGUCUUGUUUUAUUCCUUCAGUGAAAGCUGUCAAAGCUGGCUGCAGUAGCCAUACUACCUCAAUUCAAGCCCAAUCAUCCCCUGCAAAGUCAACCUACAAGUCUGGCACCACCAAGCUCCCAGUCAUCAUCCCCGAAAAUUGGUACGACGAGGCUUCUGACUCCGAGAAGUCUCCCGUUGGUUCACAUGACCAUCGCUCAGUCGCAGUCAAAGCCCUCCGUGCAAGGCAAUUCUUCAGGAGAAUUUCCACUCUCGCUACUGAUAUAGUAUUCUUCUACCCUGACGGGCCCAGAGACUGGGAGGUGGACAAGCUCCAGUACAGCUUUAUGUGGAUGUUGCAGGACCUGUAUGAAGAACGCGAAGGAGAGAAAGAUUAUCCUACUGAGUGGGAAGACGAGACCGCCUACAUCCAUUUCCUUGAGAAGACUGUCUUAAGCUGGGUAGAGGAUCUACCAAAUGACGAAAAGGCCUGCGUUGAAGGACUAGCUGACAUCUUGGGAGAGGAAUUCGCUAUUACUUCUGAUGGCGAAGCGACUUGGGAGGAGCAUGAGAGUCGAGUGGGAGAGUACCUUGAUCGUUUUGAUCCUAUCCCUGAGGAGGACCAGGGGCUCGAAGAAUUGGAUUUACUGGAGGAUUAG